AUGCUUUCUGCGCAAAGUGCCAGCCAAAGUGACCCCUUCAGCCUGAAUGUUCUCUAUGGCCCAGACACCCCCUCCAUUUCCCCCUCAGACUCCCAUUACCCACCAGGGGAAAACCUCAACCUCUCCUGCCAUGCAGCCUCUAACCCACCUGCACAGUAUUCUUGCCUUAUUAAUGGAGCCCAGCCACCCACAUGUGAGCUCUUUAUCCCCAGCAUCACUGCAAGUGACAGUGGGUCCUAUACCUGCAUCACCCAUAACUCUGUCACUGGCUAUAACAGGACCACAGUCAGGACCAUCACAGUGACUGAGCAUGUGCAGAAGCCCUCCAUCCGAGCCAGGAGCACCACCAUCACAGAGCAAAUGGACACCAUAGUCUUGACCUGCCUCACAAAUGACACUGGGGUCUCCAUCUGGUGGUUCUUCAAUGACCAGAGACUCCUGCUCACAGAGAGGAUGAAGCUGUCCCGGGACAACAGCACCCUCACCAUAGAGCCCGUCUUCAUGUGGUACGAUGCUGGGGUUUAUCAGUGUGAGGUCUCCAACCCCGGCAGCACCAGCAAAAGUGAACCCCUCAGAUUGCGUAUACAAUUGUAUGACGACACUGGCUACCACGUGUGGACCAUCGCUGGCAUCGUGAUUGGGGUCCUCGUCCUGGCUCUGGGGACCUCCCUGGGGUGUUUCCUGUACCACAGGAGAUCUAGAAGGACUUGCUGCACCCGAGCACAGACGUGUACUGCCGCAUCAGCCCCACAGCCGACGGGGCUUCCUAGUUCCUCCAGCUCUCAGUCCUUCCCUGAGGGCCCAGGAUGGGUGCUGUUCCCAUAUAGGUCCACUCAGGCCACGUUCAUCAUCUUCCUCCACCAUGAACUGCCUGUGGGCAGCCUGGACUUGGUCCUGCUGACCCUGAGGGUCCUGACCAGACCCAGAACCCCUGACCCAGAACGCCUGACCCAGAUCCAAGGUGAUGUCAGCAUCAGGCAGGACUGA